AGACAGAAGCAAGCUACAUGCUUUCUCUUGAAUCCCAGGAACAAGGCUUCCCCGUCUUUAUUUUUAGUCAUUAGGCUGUAGGACCUUGACAACAUUAAGCGUUGGCCGUUCAGCUGCCAGGGUGGGCUUGCUUCCUGGUGGGCGGACAAUCCUCAUUGGAAGGAGCCAGGAUUUAGGAUGGUGCUGACCUAGAUCUAGCCGGCAGGACACUGAAGCGGGAAAGCUGCAGGAGACGUGUUUUCGUGCAAAAGGGGUUUUUGCACAUUCACCGUCUACGCUGUGUGUGGCACAGGGUAUGGCUAAUUGCUGAAGUAUUUGCGGACCGCCCACUCUGGGUCCCUUGGCGGCCCGGGAGGACAGCCGCUACAAGUCGCGCAGAGGCCGCCGGAAGCGGUCCGUUCCAAUAAAGCGAUCCCCAGCACUACUUCCGGAGCAGAGGUAACCAUGGCGUCGGCUUUGGCUCGCGUCGGACUGAAGCCGGUCAAGCUGGUUCGAGUUCAGUUCUGCCCGUUUGAGAAGAACGUGGAGUCGACAAGGACGUUUCUCCAGGCGGUGAGCAGCGAGAAAGUGCGUGCCACAAACCUCAACUGUUCGGUGGUCGCCGACGUGAGGCACGACGGCUCCGAGCCCUGCGUGGACGUGUUAUUCGGAGAUGGCUAUCGGCUGAUUAUGCGCAGCGCUAACCUCACCGCUCAGGAAAUGUUCACUGCCUUGGCCUCCCACAUCCGGGCCAGAAACGCAGCGGCAGCAUCCGCAGCGGCCAACGCAGACAAGCCCGGCCCAGUUAAUGGUACCCGGCGCUGACACUGCAGAGGACAUAACAACCAAAUGUUAGCUUGGAACGAAAAGACUGCUGUCUAAGAGAAGGCUGGGCUUAAUCACUCGAAGGUUACGCGAAGGUCACGAACAGACUGACACCUACCCGUGCUUUGGGGGCAAGAUAAGUAAGGUUAGGUGAUGGAGGGUCUGGACAAAUUUGAAUUUUUCUUUCUCCUCUUCCCUCGCUGCUUAACCAUAUUUGAGUUUGGCUUCACUUAUCACCCAAGUAUCCUUUAAUUAAAUAUUUAUUACCAAAUGAA